AUGAAAAUUCCCUUAAAGACAUUUCAAAAUGCAAAGGAAUUUGAACUGCGAGUAUUUACUAUAUAGUAGUUUAGAUGUUAGAAUUCUUGCUUCAGAGCCAAAGCUUUUUAGAUGACUUAAUGAAAGUUGUUGAUAAUUAAAGUCAUCCAGUUCAUAAAUUGUCAAAUGGAGCACUAAUUUUAAUAAUAAAUUAGCUUGAUUAAUAGAUUGAAAUAGCAGCUAAUUAAAUUUAAGAAAAUCCUAAUUAUGAAUGUUAAAUGUUGCUCACUCUUAUUAGUUGUAUGAUGGAAUUCGAUUGCUAUCGGUAUUAAAUAAAAUUAGAUUAGAUUUUUGUUUAAUUCAUUUGAUCAUUUAUUUAAGAUGUUAGAAAAUUCAGAUAGUUUAUUUGUAUAUGAAAAAAUAAUGUUAAUUUUGAUAAAACUCUAUAAAAAUCCUAAAAAUGAAUCCUUAUUUAAUUAAUUAGAAGAGUACAUUCCAAGAGUAAUUUAUUUUACGAGAAUUCUAUUUGAUCAUUAUAACAAUUUAUCUUCUACAAAAAUAGAUUUGAUAGAUUAUUUUAAUGAAGAUCCUCAAUAUAAAAACCUUAGUGAAACUCCAAAAGAAUUUCCUUAAUUGAUAUUAGAGUACAUGGACCCAUCUUUAUUGAAUGAAUCAUAUCAAGAUUUGUGCAUAAAUGGUUUACACAAGAAAGAAUUACAUCAGCCAAUUUUUAUUAGAGUAGUGUCAACAAUAUUAUUAGAAUUUUAAAAUUACAGAAGUGAAUUCCAUUGCGGCCCUUCAUUUGUCUAAAUCAUUUCUGGAUGCUCAAGAUUAAAAUUUUUGUCCUUUAAUUGAUGCCAUCAAAUAUAAAAUCCUUAUCCAUAAAGGAUUAUAAUCCAAUAAAAUUUAAACAAUAACUUUUGUAAUAACACUACAGGUAAAAUCUCUCCUUAUGUAUAUGCUUCUUUGUUAAUUCUGUUUAGAAAAGGAUUGUGAAGAUUUGUUAGAUCAAGUUUUUGAAGAAUAAUUAGAAUAUGAAUUACAUUUUAGAAUGUUCAUGAAAUUAUUUUAAUUGAAAACAGUAGAACCUCAAUUAUUGUCAAAUAUACUUUUAACUUUGAAUGAAAUUACAAAAAUUGAAAAAGAAAAUGAAAAUAAUGUAGCUUUUAGUAUUGUCAAAAAUUACGACGAAAUAUUUUUAUAAUUAAUUUAUGAUGUUUUAUCUAUGCAUUCUGUUUUUAUUGAUAUAGAGUAAACUUAUCGAUUAGAAUACUUUCCAACUCUUUUAAGUGAAUAAUGCGCAAGAAAUCAAGAAUUAGCAAAAAAUAUAUUUGAAAUAUUCUCAACUGAACCAGCAAUACUUUUAUUAAACCGAAGCAAUAUUGCUCUUGCUUCUUCUUCUGCUUUAAUUAAAUCACUUUCAAUGUAAGAUAAUAGACUAUUAUUACCUCCUGAAACUUUUAAAGCUGCCAUUAUCUUUUUAAGCAGAAUAUCUAGACAGGAUGAUAUUUAAAAAGAUAAAAGAAUUUUUAAUGAUCUUAUUGAUAUUGUUGAAAAUUAGAUUUAGUUUAGUACUUAAAUUUUAAAACCAAUUUAGGAUGGUCACUUGAAGAUUACAAGUGAAGAAGCUGAUUAAAUUAUUGCAACAUGCAUUUAAUCAUUAAAUGAACAUUUUAAAGAUGAUUUAGGAAGAAGAUCAAAUGGAGGUAAUGGCCCAACUUAUGCAAGAUAAAUCUCUGAAUCAUAGAUAAUUAAGAAACUAUAAAAUUUAAUAGAAUUUAAUCCUAAUUUUUAUGAAACAAUCUAAUAAACUUUAAUAUUAGUCUUCUAUUUAGCUAAUGAAGUACCUACUUUAAUAGGUAGAUUAAUUGAUUCUUAUUUACCUUAAACAUUAAACUAACUCAUUUCAAAUUUGAGUAUUGAAAAAAUUAAUAAACAAAUGAUGAUGGCUAUUUUUUCAUUUUACACUAGCAUUUCUUUAAAAGAAGAAGGUUAUGAAUAGUUCAACAAAUAUGGACUUUAAUUCUUGGACAAUAUUUUGUACUAUUUUUUAAUUAAUAAUAUACAUGUGUAAAGAGAAUAAUUAUGUACUUUGGCAUAGUGUAUAGGUAAAUUUACAUAAAAAAUCUUUAAAGCUCAAAAUUAAGUGUGUGAAAUACUGAAUAAUAUCAUAAAAUAAUUAUGGAUGAAUUUAAAUGAAAAAAAAAAAUAAUUAAAGAUUUCAAAUAUAUAUUAAGAUUAUUAUUCGAUAAUAAUUCAAAUUUAGAAUCUAUCAAUGUUAAGUUUUAAUAUGUUCCAUAAUUUUACUUAUUCUUUUUUGUCAAAGUUAAUCAUAAAUGGUUUUUUUGAAUCUUUAUUAAAAUUUUUUGAAUUUCCAACAUUCGAUUUCAAAAAUGAACUUAUAACAGUAUAUAGAUGGUUCUCUUAAAAUGAUGAAUUUAAUAAUCAUCAUAAAAUAUUAAAAUAGUGUUUGCUUACUUUAGAAAAUUGGGAAGUGUAUUUAGGUGACAAUUUAGAAAAAGCAUAACCUCAAAUAAAUGAAUCAUAUUACAAUUUUUAAGAAUUCUUUUCAAAAUGCAGCUAACAAUAAAUUUAAGACAAUUUAUAAAUGGUAUCUCACUAUUCUUAAGUAGAAUAUUUACUUGAAAUUUUGGGAAUCAGCCUUUUAAAUUGUCCUGAAAUGGAUUGGAAUGAAAAAGUUCUAAUAAAUUUGCAUAAUAAAUGCUGUUCUUUAUUAAGAAUAAUUUUAGACUGUGUAAAUUAAAAUUUAGAGAAUUGUAAAAAUUAUCAAGUUUUGAAAAAAUCAGUGUUUAAUCCCUUCAUUAAAAUUUUAUAACAAAUAAUAGUAAAAACUUUAAGAGCAGAAGAAAUGAUAAAUCAAUAAUCUUUUAUCAAUUUACUUAAUUACAUGAGUUUAAAAUUAAAAAGUUCAAAUUUAUUGAUAAAAAUUCGGCUCUUAUCAUCCAUAGACAAAUUUUUUAAAUAUAUUUUGAAAGCUUCUCAAAAAAAAUAAAUAAAUUUAAUUUUUAUUAGUUAUGAAAUAUUAAAAUCCGGAUUUAGAGGUAAUUUUUAAGAUGCAAUUUCCCUAUUUACUAAAUUGACUAUAUAAUUUAAAGAAAAAAGUUAUUUUCUCAAUAUUUUAUCUUAGCAUUAUUCAUCUAUUAUAAAGAUUUUGUAUCUAAAUAGUUUUGAAUAUUUAAAUAAAAAGUUCGGAUUGUAAUUUUUAUCUUAUCAAAUAUUAAACAUUACAAUUUUGUUGUUAAUAAUUCAAGACUCAGAUUCAGACUAUGUGUAUAACAUAAAGUUUGUUCUUUUAGAAAAAAUAAUGAGGAUUUUAAGUCCCACAUUUUUACAAGAUAUAUAAAUCAAAGAGAGAGAUUGUGAGUUGUAAACUAAGUUUGGGGUUUUGAAUGUUAUUAAUGAUAAUAUAAAUAAUGCUUUAUGUUUAUCUGAUAAUUAAGAGAAAGUUAAAUAGACAUAAUAAGAGAUGAAAUAGAAUCUAUAGAGUGAAUAAUAAAUGUUUGAAGCUGAAUAAGAAAUUCAUAUUAGAUAAGGAGAACUAAAAAAUUAUAUCAAAUAAAAUAUACUAUUCUUUAAUAAGUUUGAGGAAACUUUAUUUAAAUUUAUAGAUGGAUAAAUGAUGCCUUGUUUAUUAAAGUGUCUUUAAAAAGCAGUUUAAGAAUAAUUUAAAUUAUAACUCAAAUUUGAAGAUUGUGACAUAAAUCUUAAAUAACCGGAAAUUGAUGAUAUGAAAUUGAUAAUCACUAUUCUGCAUUACAUAUAUAAAUAAUAGAAUUUUGUGUAAGAGCAUGAUUAUAUUGUUAUUGAGAUGAUGAAAUUAAUUUAGGAAUUAUUAAAAUAUGAGAAUGAAUAAACAAUUUAGGCUGUUAAUCAUGUCUUGGCAAUCUUAACUUUAUUUAUAACAGAUGAAUAUUAAUAGAAGUAACAAGAUUAAAAGGUUUUCCAUUAAAUAUUUGAAGCAGUAGUUUAAAUUAUGAAAGGUAAAAUUUAGAAUGAAAUAACAUCAAAAAUUUGCAUAGAAAUUUUAGUUAGAGCCUUUUAGAUAAAUAAUGAAAAUGUACAUAAGUUUGUUUAUUAAAUGAAUGGAUUAGAGCCUCUUUUAAAAGUAAAAGGAAAUUCUAGAAAUUAAGUUUAUAAUUUAACAAAGUUAGUAUUAUCUAUUGUUCAUGAUUCGACUAUUGUAACAGCUUAAAUUGAGGCAAAAAUUAAAAAAAUUUUAUAUGAUUAACAGUAUAAUUUAGAAAUUGAUAGAAAUAAUCAGAUAUAAUAAUAACAUAAGUAACAUCUAAUAUAGUCCCCUUUUAAAGAUUAAUAUCCUUUAAAUUUUUUAUCAAUUCAUUAUAAUAUUAAGAUUCCAAAUGAUAUUAAACUUGCUAAAGAUAAUGAAGCAUUAUUGGCUAUGUAAACUUAAAUGAUAUAUAACGAAUAAAUUUAAUUUGUUCUUAAUUCCUUAUUUGAAGAUCAAUCUAAUUAUUUUGUUUUGAAAAAAAAUGUUCUUCUUUAUACUUUAGAUUGUGUACAACCUGCAAGUUUCUAAAAAUACAAGGAACCCUCAAGUUGUAAAAGGAGUAAUAAAAUACCUUCGUCUAAAAAAAGAAAGAGUGGUAAUAAACUGUAAUUAUAAUUAAAUUUCAAACAUACUUAAGAAACUUAAAUUUUAAUUAAGUUAUUAAUUUAACAGAUGAUUGUAUCUUAUUUUGAAAAAACUGAAUUAUAUUAAUUCUAAUGGAAAACAAUAAGCUAGGUUCUUUAAGUAUUAAUAAGAAGAUAUCCAAUUUUAAUUCCUUAGUUGGUUAAAAUAAAUUGUAGCAAGUUUCUUAAACCAUAUCAUAAGUAAUUAGGUUUUGAAUAUUCAGAAGUAGAAUUCCCUAGUAAAAUAUCAUUUAUAACUUUGAUAACUAAGUUUAUGAUUCCAUAAGAGAAAUUGCUUUUUGAAUUAUGUUUAGAUAAUUUAAUAUUGAAUUAGAUAUCGAACAAUUUUAUUGCUCCAUUUUCGAAUGAAAUCAGAAAGAAAAUUAUUAAUGAGAUCUAUGAAGGAAUAGAAAAGCGAAUCAAAAUUUUAGAUUAAAAUUUUUGUUAUCUAUCACAUGCAUUAAUAUAUUUAAUAUAAAUAAAAUCAGUGGCUUAGAUUUGUUUUAAAAAUGAAAAUGAAUAAUAAAACUCUUGUAAUUUUUUAAAACUUUAUAUGGAGGGUAUAAAAAGCUUUGAUUUAAAAACGUUUUAUAAAUAUGAAAAUGAAUUACCUCUUUUAAAUGAAUCACUAGGAAUUUUAUUAAAUGUUGCAACUUAUUUACUAUUUUCUAAGCCAUCUAAAAUACCAAUUAUAUCAUAGAAAUAAGAAGAAUAUGGAGUUCAUUUUUAAUUACAAGGUAUGGUGGGAUAAUUACUACCAGAAGAUAUAAAUUAUUAACUUACUCCAAAUAAAGGUAAAAUUUAUUAGGAUCUUAAAAAAUAUUUUAGAAAAUAACCUUUUUUGCCAUUAUAAUUUAAUGAAGAAAUAAAUUAGGAUGUUAGAUAAGAUGAAAUAGAUUAGCAAAUGUUAUGGUCUCCAUUUAGUCGAAGAAAUACAUUUCUAGAUAUUGAAUUUUUUGAUAAUAUUGAAGAAAAAGAAGACUUAGAAAUUGACUAAGAAGAUGAAGACAAUUAUGAUUAAAUUAAUGAGAGUCGAUAUGAUUCAAUUAAAAAUUAAUAAUCAACAGGAGAAUAAUUAGAAUAAAUAUAUAGUUAGAUUACAGGAUAAAGUGGAAAUAAUUUAUACGAAGAUGAAAAUACUUAAAAUCAAAAUUAUAGUUGGACUGAUGAAGAUGAUGAAUAGUUAGAAGAGAGCUCAGAUGAAGAUUUAGAGGAAAGUAGUGAUGAUGAUUAUUGCAAUACAUCUAAUACUUAAUCAGAAUUAUUAUAUCAUUAGAAUUUACAUUAUGCUCUUUAAAAUUUAAAUUAGCUAAACAUUUUUACGUCAAUGGAAUAAAAUAAUAUAAUGUAUAAAAAAAUUUUAGAUAGUACAAAUCAUAUUCAUUAUUUUACAAAAAAAGAAGAUUUGAUUUUUAUGAAAAUGACAUAAUAAAUAAUCUUUUUAUUAGAAGUAUAAUUUUCAAAAUAAUUCACUUAAAUUUUGGAUAAAUUUCAGUAUUCAUUACCUUAAAAUUAUUAACCAAUUGAGUUUGAACUUGUAAACUGGUGGACAGAACUAAUUUAAUAAUCUAUUAUACAUACUUUAACAGACUAAAAACAUUAAAGAUUGGGAGUAAUAAUGGAAUAAGGCUUAAACGUAAGCAUUGCUCAUAUUAAUGUCUAUGAAACAAUCAGAGAUCUUUCGAAUCAACCAAUUCAACAUAGUAUUAACUCACAUGAUUAAAGCAUUAACUCGUCAAAUUCUAUUUCAUAACAAUAAAACACAUCAACUUUUCAAUCCUAAAAUUUACAAUAUUUUCAAAGUGAGUAAUAAUUACAGCAAAUAUAAUAACAUUAAUCAUCCUCAUUUUUUUAAACUGAUUUUUCAGAUAAAAUGAUAAAAUCAGAAAAUCUAAAUUAAUUUAAUGAAGAACCUGGUAGUGAUAAAUAAAUUUCUCAAUAUUUUGAUCAAUCAAAUAUCAGACAAUCCCCUGUCUAACAAUAAUUUAAUUAAUAAAAUAAUUUAAAUUAUUCCUAAAUCUAUCCAAAAAGUUACAACUUUUUAAAUAGAGUAGGUAAGAAAUUUGAUGAUCUCAUUAAAAAUGAUAUUGAUCCUUCGGUUUUUGAAGAUUUUAAUGAAGAUAUGAUGAUGGAAAUUAUUUCAGUAAUACCUCAUUAAACAUAUACAAUUGACCCUACAUUUUUAGACUCUCUUCCAGUAGAAAUCAGAAAUUAGAUUAUUCAAUAAUAUUUUCCCUCUUUAAACUAAUUACAAUAAUAAUAAGUUUAAGAAGAAGAUUUAUCAUAAUCUGUAAUUGAGAGAAUUCAAAAAAACUAGGAUACUAAUAUACCUAUCUAAAAUCCUCAAGAAAAUGCCCUAAACUCUGAAAGUUGUCCUGGUCCAAAUUCUUUAAUUGCACCUCUCGUUCUUUAAGAUCAAUAUAGACACAAAAUUUAAGAGCAAUUAAAAUAAUUCAAAAAACCUCAUGAAAAAUUUUAAAAACUUUAAAAUCUACUUCAUAAUUAAAGACUAUUGAUUUAAAAAUUAGGAAAUUUUGAUGAUGAUUUUACAAAUUCAUUGCUUAGUUUACUUUAUGUAGAAUCUCAUGGUUUCAAAAAUUUUCCAACCAAUCUCUUUAUUUCAUUAUGUAACAAUUACAUUGUGGAAAAUAAAUUAAUUGACACUUUAUUUUUUAUUUUAAAAACAAAAAAUCUUAACGAAUACGCAUAAUUUUUCCCACCAAAAUUUUUGGUUCAAAGAAAUGGACUCAUAAGAGAUUUUAGUAAAAUUUAUAAUGUUGUUUCCUUGAAAGUUUUGUAUUUAUUUUCAAAAUUAUAAGGUUUCUCAAUAAACUACUUUUUUUAAUCCAAAAAAUAAAAUUAAGAUAAUGAGAAUUCUAGAGAAGAUGACUAAAUUUGUCCAUUAUUUUAAUUAAUAUAAUUUUUACAUGAGUUUAAAGGGGAACAUUUGGAAAUUCUCAUUUAAGCAAUUAUGAAUAUUAGUACUAAGUAAAAAUAUUUUACUCAAGAAAAUGCAAAACUUGACACUAAGUCAGUUGAAUGCAUUUGCAAAUUUUUAAUAUCAAAUACAAAUAAAAAUUGUAAGAAUUUUUUAAAUAUUAUUCAAAGUCUUUGCAACAAUAAAGAAAAUUUAAUAUCAAUAGUUCAAUACUUACAAGAAUACAUAGAAAAAUCUAUUUAAGAAAUAAAUUGUUAAUUUUAGAGACAAUUUUAAUAUCAUGAAAUUUUUAAUGGUGGUAAAACUCUAUUUAAUGUAUUUCAGUUUAUAUAAGAAAUUAAUUUAAAACUAGAAAAAAAUAUUAAUUUAUAAUAUAUUAGAUUAAAUUUUAAUCAAUUAUUGGAAAGUUCAGAUUUAAUAGAAUUGUGGAAAAAUAUUAUAAAAUUACUAUAAUAAAUUUCCACAUAAGAGAUAAUAAAAUUGAUACCAAAAAUAUCUCCCUAUUUAGAAUGUUUUUUUAUUAACUACCAGAUUGUAAAUCCAUAAAAAAUAAAAAAAUCAAAUCAAAAAGAAUCCAUAAAAAAAAUUGCAAUUAUGGAAGGAUAAAACUAAGAUAUUCAAGAAUAGCAUCUGCUUGAUAAAUUAUUUGAGGAAAUAUGUGAAAAAGGGAAAGAAUUGUUAAAUAUGAUGAUAAAAGAAAGGCUUCAAGAAUGUAAAGAGAAGAGAAGAAUAAAAAUUGAUAGUUUAGGAAUUAUAAUAUCUAAAAAUCCAAGAAUAGUAGAUUUUGAUAAUAAACAUAAGUAUUUCAAAAUGAAAUUGAAACAAUUGAAGUCGUAAAAUAAAAAACAUCGUUUUGAGAAUAUUAUAGUUAGAUGUAGAAGAAAAGACAUAUUUAUGGAUUCUUAUCAUCGUAUUAGUAAGUUAAAACCAGAAGAACUAAAAGGCAAAUUAAUUAUAGAAUUUAAUGGAGAAGAAGGUAUAGAUCAAGGGGGAGUAUCUAAAGAAUGGUUUUUAAUGCUUUCGAAAGAAAUAUUUAAUCCUAAUUAUGCUUUAUUCACUCCUUCUUUGAAUGGCUAGAAUUAACCUUGCAGUAAUUCUAAUAUUAAUCCUGAUUACAAAAAAUAUUUUAAAUUUAUUGGAAGAAUAGUUGCAAAAGCUCUUUAUGAUGAAUAAUUGCUUGAGACAUAUUUUACUCGCUCUUUUUAUAAACAUAUUUUAGGUUAGAAGCUAACAAUACAUGAUAUGGAAGACAUCGAUUUAAAUGAAUAUAAAAGUAUGAAAAAGAUUUUAGAUGAAAAUGUGACUGAUUGGGGUAUUUAUUGGACAUAUACUGUUGAUAAUUUUGGUAAAUUGGAAGAGAGAGAACUUGUUGAGGGAGGUAAAUAAAAAUAAGUGACAGAAGAUAAUAAAUUUGAUUAUGUUCAAACUUAUUGUUAUUAAAAAAUGGCUAAGGGAAUCAAAGAUUAAAUUGAAGCCUUUUUGAGUGGUUUUCAUGAAUUGAUUCCUUAAAGUUUAAUUAGCAUGUUUGAAUGGAAAGAAAUGGAACUUAUGUUGUGUGGAUUACCAGAUAUAGACCGUAUAUAAUAAAUUUAUUUUUUUAGUUGAAGAUAUGAAGGAAAAUAUAGAAUAUCAUGGAUAUAAUAGUGAUGAUCAAGUAAUUUAGUGGCUCUGGGAAUUGUUAGAAAGUUUUGAUCAAAGCAAGAGAGCAGCCUUUUUAUAGUUUGUAACAGGUAUUUUUAGAUUUUAUUCAAGGGACUUCGAAAGUACCACUUGGGGGAUUUAAAGAUUUAAAAGGUAUUCAUGGUUCUUAGAAGAUUUAAAUUCAUAAAGAAUAUUACAUAAAAUAUGAAUUACCUACAUCACAUACUUGGUAAGUAUUUUAAUGACUUUAUUAGUUUUAAUUAAUUAAUUUUACCAUGCUAUCCAACAAGGCAAGUAUUAAUAGAAAAAUUAGAACUUGCAAUCUUAGAAGGAAAAGAAAGUUUUGGUUUUGCUUGA